CGAAAACUCGGUUCUAUAAAACACGUUUUUGUUUCGCUCAUUUCCAUCUCCGCAAACGCGGAAAUCUCGAUCAGAGCAGGUGCUGUGGAACGAAUUGGGCAUCAUUAGCAGCUUCUGGCACUCGUUUUUUUUUUUUUGCAAUGUCGGCACAUUUCGCAAAACAAGUCACCCUUAUAACAAACAUAGCGUUCCUCUGCUGAUGACCUUCUGCGAAGCGUUGGAUACUGUUAGUCGUUGUUGAAUUUCUACCGGGGCGAGAGAAAAAAAAAUCUCCAAGUUCAGAAACCAAGGAUACGAUCAACCGCAAUCGAGAUUCGUACCUAUCAGGCUGACUAAAGAAUUCAAAAGCAGUUUAUUCGAUUAUAAUCGCCGAUUGCGAUCGAUUGUGGUGGCGGUGGUGCCAUUUUCGGCGAAAAACGGUGCAAUCUAGUGGAUUAAUUAGUUUUUAACCGGAGCCCGUGUUUGUGUGUAACAAAAGGGCACGCGAGAUGAUCUUCUGAAGAACCGGGGAAAAUUGUUUCCAGAUCGAGUGCCAAGCAUGAAAGUUACUAAACUUCCGGGCGGUGUUCGACGUGGCUCAGUUGGGCUUAACUUCUCGAUAGAAUGGCCUCGGGAAUGGUGCUGCUAGAGUGGAUGAUUAUUGUUACGAGUGUUCUAGUUGGCGUUCUGGUAAUGGUUGGUAGUGCUCGAGAAUCAAGUGAUCAAAUCGAAACAACUACAGCUUGGGGCGAGGAUUCUACGUAUGAUACAGAAAUGACAACCCUGGGUGGUGAAGAUAACGAUAGAAUUAGCACGGUGAAUAUGAAUCAGGAAAAUUAUAGGACAAAAAAUGUUACCGUUCAUAAACCGGACCACACUGCUAUAAGCGAUUUUCGUGAUCUUGGAGAAAAUGUUGAUUUAGAGUUACUAUUUACGGAACACACUAGUCCAGAUCCACAGCAGAGCAGUAAUCAUGAGGACAACAUUGUGCUCGAAAUUCAAGAAUACGACGACGACGGAAACAGCCAAAGCUAUUUUCUACAUUCAACGCAACAUUCCGAAAAAGGAACUCGCGAUGAAACCGCCAGCAAUCAUCCAAGCAUGUACUCCCGAGUUUCAGGCUUUUUCCGGGACAUGCUCAAACGGCUAGGUGUCUACAGCUACAUCGUCAGCUACCGCAAGCGACAGAAGAGUCUGUUCGACUCGAAAACACCCCACCGUUUCCACCCCAAUUCGGUUAGCAAUCCCAAGCGCCCUUUCGGAGAGCAACAAAACUCGGCUGCGCUCACCACAAUAACGACACCGAUGACGACAAUCCCCGUAGGCGGCGAUGGCCUAUCUACACCGCGUCCCCGGAACAGUCCGACAAAAUCCACAAUCAGCAGCCUGUUCAAUCAGUUCAAGCAGCGCAUUAAAGCCAUCUACCCGGGCACGGUUUGGUGUGGCGAUGGGAACCAGGCGAAAAGCGAGAGCGAUAUAGGAUUCUUCUACAUGACGGACAGCUGCUGCCGGGCCCAUGAUCUCUGUCCGAUCGCAAUCGCUGCCGGGGAGCAGUUUAAUCGUCUGAAAAAUAAUGGCUAUUUCACCAGAUCUCACUGUGACUGUGAUAAGCAGUUCUACAAUUGUCUGAAAAACGCCAACACGCUAGUAUCGAACCAGAUUGGUUACACCUAUUUCAACUUGUUGAAGCCACAAUGCUUCCGCCACGAGCAUCCCAAAGUUGCCUGUUCCAAAAAAAGUAAAGGCAAAUGUCUGUCGUACGUGGUGGACGAAACGCAGGACAAGCUGUGGCAGUGGUUCGACAACCUAACCUACUAGUUUAUAAGGAACGCAAACCAAAUUGUUCAAAACACAAUGAGCCCAAAGAAAGAGAACCGUUUCUGGAAGGAACACAUGUAUUUAUAACGAUUAUAUUUGAACUGACGAGGUUUUUUCCUUGCGGAACAUAAUCAAAACGUAUUGCUGAAAUAAAGUUUGUAAAUUGUUGUGCCACGUGUGAUAAUAAACAUAUAGAAGUAAAAAAUAGUUUUCCAGUAGUGUAGCAUACAGCGGGGCCCAGCUAUUGAAG